UGGCCCUCAGCCCAAUCAAAAUCAAAUAAGUAAAAAAUUAAAAAAGAAAAAAGAAAAAAAAAGGAAAAUGAAAAACCCUAAAAGGAAAACCUCAGCCGCCUACCCGUCUCUUCACCUUCUCCGCUCGAACCGUUGCACCGUCGCACGCACGCUGGCUGCCGCCAUCACUUUCUCAGUUUCUCCUCUACGGCUCUCCUCCAGAUCGAUUCUGAAAGCUCCACGGCCACCGCCAUCGCCACCGCCAGUAGCCACUUCCAAUUCGACAUUCCACCACGAAGCAGAUAGUCGCUUUCCUCACAGUCUACAGAGAAAAGUGGAAAAACCUCAAUCGCACAUUUCUCCUCUCCAUUCACUUCUUUCAAUCUCCUUUCGCCCUACGAAUUUGAUAUUGAAAACAUUCGGUGAAAGAUGAAGACUAAGACGCCAUUGAAGCAACUCAAGCUUUCUGUUCCUGUUCAAGAAACUACCAUCCGUUCUUUCCUGACUGCGAGUGGAACAUUUCACGACGGCAAUCUACUACUGAAUCAGAAAGGAUUACGGCUUAUAUCUGAAGAGAAAGAAGCGCAGACUACAGAUUGUAAGGAGCUUGAUGCUGAUUUCUCAUUGGAAGAUCUAGAGACCGUGAAAGUUAUUGGAAAAGGAAGUGGAGGUGUAGUACAACUUGUUCGACACAAAUGGGUUGGGAAACUUUUUGCCUUAAAGGUAAUCCAGAUGAACAUACAAGAGGAUAUCCGUAAACAGAUAGUACAGGAACUGAAAAUAAAUCAAGCAGCACAAUGUCCACAUAUUGUGGUCUGCUAUCAUUCUUUCUACCACAAUGGUGCCAUUUCUCUUGUGCUAGAAUACAUGGAUCGAGGUUCUCUAGCUGAUGUAAUCAGACAAGUCAAAACAAUUCUUGAACCAUAUCUUGCAGUUGUUUGUAAACAGGUUUUACAAGGUCUUGUUUACUUACAUCAUGAGAGACAUGUUAUACACAGAGACAUCAAGCCAUCCAAUCUACUUGUGAAUCAUAAAGGUGAGGUCAAAAUAACUGAUUUUGGAGUAAGUGCAAUGCUAGCAAGUUCUAUGGGCCAGAGAGAUACAUUUGUAGGGACUUACAAUUACAUGUCGCCUGAACGAAUUAGCGGGGGAACAUAUGACUAUAGCAGUGAUAUAUGGAGUUUGGGCUUGGUAGUACUUGAAUGUGCCAUUGGAAGGUUUCCUUAUUUGCAGUCUGAAGAGCAGCAAAGUUGGCCAAGCUUUUAUGAACUUCUAGAGGCAAUUGUAGCAAAGCCACCGCCUUCUGCUCCACCUGAUCAAUUUUCCCCCGAGUUCUGUUCCUUCGUUUCUGCUUGCAUUAAGAAGGACCCUAAAGAAAGAUCAUCAUCAUUAGAUCUUCUGAAUCAUCCUUUCAUCAAGAAAUUCGAAGAGAAAGACAUUGAUGUCGGGAUUCUCGUAGGCAGCUUGGAUCCUCCGGUAAGUUUUCCUAGAUGAUAAUAAUAAUAAUAAUCAUCAUAAAACAUCUAUGUUUACUGUAAUAUUUUAGAAAAAAAAUUACAAUCUUUGUCUACCUUGUGUAAUAUGCUUUUGCCUUGUGAAACAUGGAAUGUUGUCAAAUCAGUGAUUUCGUAAUGUCAAUCUCAAUUAACCAAAUUUAUUUAUUUUUGUAAAAA